AUGUUUUUUCUUUGGGAAGUAGCAUGUAUGAACCUGAUACUUAACUUCUUUGGCGGUUCUACUGUUCAAAUUAGUUUGAAUGAAUUUAAAGAACAUAAACUACAUCACACAAUAGGAAGGAAACUUUCUUUGUUACCCAGAUCCCUGAAGUAUAGCAUUUUCAAUGUUGAUGUAAGUAUAAAUGUCACCAUUCAUUGGGGGUGCAACUGGAUUUCCCAACACAAUAGAACCAUUUGCAGCCAUUUCGGUCAUUGUUUGCCCGGGCCUAUCAUCAAAUCCUUAUCGUCCAAGAAAGUGUCUUGCUUGUACAUUAGAUUAGCUGCUGCAGUAGCAACAUGUGAAGCAGCAUAUGUUGUUUAA